GAUGCUCAGAUGAAGCGCUCGCCAAAAGAUGUCGCCCAGAAAGAAUUCAAAAGAUGCGUUUUGUCGCUAUAUUGAACCUACCCACGGACGCUUGCCAAUCAGAUUUAAUCAAAUACCAAACAUACUUGGCCUUCUCCAGUCAGCGUGCAAUGUUAUGAUAACAGUUUCGAAGACCCCGCCUUUGGACAUGGUAUGGAUGCAUCGUUUCUCACCUGGCACCACAUUUCGACAUAUUCGGUGAGUGACAGCCAUUAUUAUUUUUAUAAGACAUUUACAUGUGCAUAUUCUUUGUGUAACUUUGCAACUAACCGAAGUAUCGUUUUGUUUUAGAACAAGAAUGGCAUCAAGAAUGCAAUCUUCGGGACAAGCUCAUCCAACGGUCCUUAUUGUUGGCGACAGCUACAUUCGCCGUGGGGAGGAGAGAGCAAGGACAACCCUGGGGAGAAAUCUGGGCACCUGUGCCCAGAUUGAGUGGCUUGGCUUGGGCGGAAUGAGGUGGCACUCGAUUGUCCCUCGCCUCAUGAAUUGGCUGAGAGGAAGAUUUCCUCCGGAUGUCCUGCUGAUUCACUGCGGCGGGAAUGACCUGGGGAAACUCAGGUCUGUGGCCCUCGCUGCGGCGAUGAAGCGGGAUUUACAGUACCUCCAGCAGCGUUUCCCCAAAAUGUUGAUUGGAUAUUCGGCCAUCACCCAGAGACGCUGCUGGGGUCCUGUACGUCUGAAGAAAAUCGAGCGCUCUCGAAAGUGGGUGAACAGUGAAAUGGCUACCUUUGUUUUGGGGCUGAACGGGUUCAUUGUGCGUCACGAUGGCAUACGCCAUUACAUGCCGGAGCUGUUUCUUAGGGAUGACGUUCAUAUGUCCGCUAGGGGCAAUGACAUUUUUUUAAAUUCUUUUGUAGACUGUCUGAGGGCUUUAUUUGCAUAGGGGUGAAAUGGAAAUUCUGCUCUACAGCAGCCAAUUGGCAAUCAGCUCCGGCUUGCAAAACUGUGUGUGAUUGUUGGUGCACCUUUGGGUAUAGACAGCAUUUAUCACAUUG